AUGCGACCAACGUGGUUUGGAAGAACGAGGCAUGUCAAUUCAUUUCUUGUUAGGUCUUGGAAAGAGUUUUCGUAUGCAAGAACCUCAAUAUUGAGUAAUCAUGAUGUGCAAGAAGAUAUGGUAUCAGUCCAAUCUGGAAAGAAAUUUCACAAACAUUCUAUGAUUCAAAAGGCUGAUAUGAGACUCGAAUCAGGGACUUGUAAUGUAUGCUCAGCUCCUUGUUCAUCUUGCAUGCAUCUUAACAGAGCUCUCAUGGGGUCAAAGGCCAAAGAAUUCUCUGAUGAUAACUGUCGCGUAGGGGAGGCUAAUCAGUAUUGUAUUGAUGAGGCUGAUGGACCUUCUCCUGGUAGCAGAGCCUGUCAAAGAUUGAAGAAGCAUGCUAUCAAUGAAACCAGUCACAAGUCUAGCAUUUCUUCCACUCAUGAUUCUGUAUCUGAAAAUGCCGAGAAUGGAGCUUUAUCUGAGAAGUAUCAGGAUUCCAAGUGUUUAGAAAGUCUUGAUGAUAUCACUUCUUGUAUUAGUAGGACCAGUAAUGCUAAUUUAGCAAGUGGUAGCCAUCAAAUGAAUACAGACAGAAUAAAUAUAUCUUGUAGUUCAACUUCAGUUAGUCACUUAGGGGCAGAAGUAUCUGGAAAUGGGCUAUCUGUGGACAUGUCUGGUUUGUCAGAAUGCUGUAUAGAAAAUGUGGAUUCAUCAUUUACGAAAGAGAGAGUACCUAUUAUUGCUGAUGGUGAAAAAUCUCUGGCAGAUAAUGAAAACCUAAAUAAUGGUACUGCCAAAGUUUCAAUAGAAAUACAUCCAAGUUCAGAAGCAGAUAUUGGAAAUAAUGUUGAUGUUGCUAAAGAUGAAGAUAAUAAUAAUCCAACCCAUCAUGAUCAGCAUCAGAAGGUUGAGGAGCUGAUUAAAUCAGCUGGCAGAGCUGAACCUCAAUCAGACGAUGAGAGUGAUGAGUCAGAUGUUGUUGAGCAUGAUGUAAAAGUUUGUGACAUCUGUGGAGAUGCUGGUCGUGAGGAUCUACUUGCCAUAUGUAGUAGGUGUAGUGAUGGUGCAGAGCACACAUAUUGCAUGCGGGAAAUGCUUGUGAAGCUCCCUGGAGGGGACUGGUUGUGUGAAGAAUGCAAGUGUGCAGAGGAGACUGCAAAUCGAAGGCUAUUUAUUGAAGAAAAAAAACUUCAUAAAGUUAGUUCAACUUCACAAAUUUCUGGCAAAAGACCUUUGCAACAAAGCAUGGAGAUAGCUACAGCAGCAAAAAGGCAAGCUCUUGAAUCAAGCACAGGAUCACCGAAGGCAUCAAGCCCUAAGAGAAUAGUCUCACUGUCACGAGAAUCUUCACUCAAGAGUGUGGAUAAAGGAAAGAUGAAAUCUGGUCAACAGAUCACUAUGCGAAACCACCUUGGUGGCAAUGGCAUAGACCUUGCACGAUCUCUUUCCUCUGGUCCUCGGAGUCAAAAUCCAAGGAGUACAUUGUUGAAGUCUAACUCAUUCAACAACUUCAAUUCCAAACCUAGAGUCAAACUUUUCGAUGAAGUUGUUCCCCAAAAGCAGAAAGGGGGUCUUGAACAUAUUUCUAAGAAUAUUGAGACACCUUCUGGGAUGAUAAGCAAAUCAAUGUCAUUCAAAUCCUCACACUUGGGCCGUUCAAAUGUUACUGAAUCAAAAGUUAAAUCGAUAUCUUCGAAACCUGGAAUUGCUCAGGAUUUGAAAGCAUCGAGACAUACAAAAGAAUCAGGUUCGCUUGACAGGAAAUUUCUACCUAAGAUUGAUCGAGCUGUCAUUUGUUCAACCAUGGGUAAUUCUGUUGUUUCCACAUCAAAGGGUGAUCAUAAGCUUGCACCACGUGGUGAAAAUGCUAAACCUUCUACAGUUAACAACAAUCGAGAGUUUAAGGUCAACCAAGAUGGAAAAUUAUAUUCAUUAUCAAAGUCUAUGAAUAAUACAAGUAGUAGAAGUCCAGAACCUCAAGUUAGUUCAGAUAGAACAUCAACCAGUGUUGACGAAACUCAAGAGGAUAGGCUGCCUCGAUCACAGGAGACUGUUAAUCAGGUUGACAGAACUAAAGAUAGUUCUAGUGAUCAUAUGAGGCCGGGUGUUACUAAUGCUUCAAAAAGUUCAUUCUGUCGUAGAUGUAAAGAUUUUGGCCAUGCCACAGAAUGUUGCUCGAUUGGUGGUACACAGGAAUUUGGUGCUGAAGCAUCAGUCACUCCUACUAGUAGUUCAAACGAAGUGAUGCAUAAGGGAAAUAGAUUGAAGGCUGCCAUCCAGGCAGCUUUGCUUAGAAGGCCUGAAAUACACAAGAAGAAAGAAGCUCCUGAUCAAACUAAUGAGUUUCCUACAUCAAGCACUGGUUUCAAACAUGAAGUCACUUCUCAAAAUCAAGUGUUGGUUUCCAACACAUUACAGAAUAGUAUAUCUGCUGAAGAAACUAAUGUGAAGCAGGAAAUUAUUGAGUGUUCUUCAUUUGAAAGCUCCAAAUGUCCACCUGCUGAUGAUCCAAAGCAACUUAAAUUUUGUCGGACUGAUCUUUGCUCUAAGCUGAGAAAGUCAGAUUUUGUUGGUCUCACUUCUGGAAAGCCUGUAGUGAGAGACUUAACUAAUAAUGCCAUGGCAAUCUCAAGUGUUCUUUCAAAGAUGUCAUUCAUUCCAGAAUAUGAGUACAUCUGGCAGGGUGUCUUUGAAGUGCAUAGAAUCGGAAAGCCUCCUGACUUGUAUACUGGAAUUCAGGCACAUUUAUCCGCUUGUGCUUCCCCUAAGGUUAUUGAGACAGUGAAGAAUUUUUUACCUGAAGUUUCCCUAAAUGAAGUUUCUCGAUUGAGCACAUGGCCUUCACAAUUUCAGCAAGGUGGUGCUAAGGAAGAUAAUAUUGCUCUUUACUUCUUUGCCAAAGACAUUGAAAGGCAAGAAUAUGAAUGUCUAUUGGAUCACAUGAUUAGAAAUGAUUUGGCACUUAGGGGGAUGUUUGAUGGGGUUGAACUUCUCAUAUUUGCAUCCAAUCAGCUUCCGGAAGAUUCACAACGUAAGAAAGGGAGGAGGAUCAAUCAUUCAGAUUCCACGAAAAAGAUAUGUAUUCCCAGUUUGAAUGUGAUGCCAAAUGAGAAGGAUUUUCCGUCUGCUGUCAUGACCUUGUCUGAAACUCGGUGUUCACCAAAACGCAUGGACAAAGAAUCCAUUGACCAAGGUCACAAUGUGGUAAGUAGGAAUUUUGACAGCAAAGAAACUGUGUUUGGCCUGACACAGACACAUUUGGAGUUGCAAGUAAAGUUCGAGAGGCAAGAUACUAGAGACGAUACCAUAUCUACAUCAGGGAUUCCAACCACCAGUGCACAGCUUUGUGAAGAAAUGAAUUCCUCUGGUUCGUCCCUGGGAGAUAGUGUACCAGAGCAUAGACAAUACAUAGAUUCUAAACCUCCUGAAGCAAUGUCAACUAGUUUAAGUGGUAGGAUUGUGGAACCAAAAACUAAUCCUGAUAUUUCUGGUAAGCAAGAAACCUCUUUGUCUUCGGAGAUCCCUUCUGCCGGUUGGCAAGAGAUAGAUAUUGCUAGUAAUAUCAUUAAGGAUAAAAUUUUAGAGCGGACAAUUUAUGAUGAGAAUCAGCAAAGGCCUAAACGGAAACAGAUGGAAAAUGAUCUCAAUAUUAAUGAGGAGGCAACGUUUCAGGGAGACCUGGAUGUGAAAGGGGUCAAUUGUCAGUUACCUAGUGAUAAAAAAGUUAAGCUUAUAGAUCUUUCAGAUACAAUUAUGGAAGCUUGUGCAGUUAGUUGUCAGAAAAGUCCUUUCAAUGAGGUGAAUGGUAAAUUGGAAGACAGAGAAAGUAGCAAGAGGCUGCAAACAAAUUUGGGUGGAAUUUACGAAUGUAACGAUUCUGCUGGAGCCAGGGGUUCUUUUAAUGGUAUCUUUGCAUCACUUGUAACCGAUAUUGGUUCCUGUUCUUCAGUGGACAAAGGGUGCAAAGAAGCCUGUGAUGAGAAAAUCAUCCACGAGGACUUUGGAACGAUGGAAAGAACCUUUUUUCCUGUUGAUACUCGUAAUAAAAUUAACUCGGGGAUGGUGAAUAGGGAGCCACUGAGUGGUUCUCGUGAGUACGCGGACCAAUUUGAAGUUGGGAUUCCAAAUCUGGAGCUUGCCUUAGGGGGUGAAACGAAACCGUCACACAAGGGUAUGCUGCCUUUCUUUGUUGGUGCGGUUGACAAGAACAUUAACCGGGACAAGACUCCAGAUGUUGAGCGUGAGGAUGAGAACGUUGCUGCAUCCCUUUCCUUGUCACUAUCCUUUCCAUCUUCAAACAAGGAACACAUCAAACCAGUCACAAAAGAUGAGCCUUUACCUGACGGGCACAAGGCCAAAUCGUCGUUUCUUCUUUUUGGGAGAUUCACGGACAAAUAA